GGCCGCACUACGUUAGAGGGAUAUCCGCGCUCUAUGGGAUCCUCGCAGGGUCUGGGGCGGGGUCGGCGGAAGUGCGCUACAUGGCGGGUUCCCGCGGAUCCGCAGUGGCUCACCCGGCUUCGGUAACCGUGACAUUUGAUGAUGUGGCCUUAUAUUUUACGGAGCAAGAGUGGGAGAUCCUCGAGAAAUGGCAGAAGGAAAUGUAUAAACAAGUGAUGAAGACCAAUUAUGAGACCCUUGAUUCCCUGGGCUAUGUUUUUUGUAAGCCAGAUUUGAUCACAUGGAUGGAACAAGGGAGAAUGCUGUUCAUCAGAGCUCAGGAAUACCUAGAGAAAAGACUGACAAUUAGCCCUUCCGAUGAGCAGUUGGACUUGAAGAACACUGGAAAGGCACUGUGCUGUGGUGACCAAGGAACUAUUGGGGCAAAAGAAAAUGAAUCCCAUUUAAAUGGUCUUCAAAAGAAUGACUUGUGUGCUACCUUAUUAGAGAAGAGUAGAGAGAUUUUAUCAGAUCAAAGACCUACUUUCCAGUGUCCAAGUCUCCAAGAAACAGAGACUCUACACAAAAAACUCAAUGUCCCAGCUUUUAAUCAGGAAAAAAAAGAGCUGUAUUAUAAGCCUCCAGAUACAUUAGGUCACUUGGAAAUUCCAGCAGAGCCAAGAUUGUAUUCCUGGUAUGUCUGUGAGAAACUCUUCCAGGUAAAGAGUAACUUGGUAAACCGCAAGAACAAAUCCAGAGGGAAAACUGAACUCAAGUGGAGCCAGAGGUUCCCUUGUAAGAAGCAGCGGUUCCAGUGCAAUGAAUGUGAGAAGAGCUACAGUCUGAAGGACAGCCUAGUCGCUCACCAGGUCGUCCACACAGGACAGCGGCCCUACCCCUGCCCUGAAUGUGACAAGACCUUCCGGUAUAGAGGAAACUUAAAGAGGCACCUAUAUUUGCACAAAGGAGAAAGGCCAUUUUGCUGUGAGGAGUGUGGCAAGGCUUUCUUCGUGCGGUGGGAGCUCACCGAGCACCUCCGGCUACACAGUGGAGAGAAGCCUUUCCAGUGUCCUCUGUGUGACAGGAGCUUCCGCCUGAAGAGAAGGAUGAAGUUCCAUCUUUUCCAGCACAGCGAGAAGAAGCCCUUCCACUAUCCAAAGUGUGACAGAAGCUUUUCUCGGCAGGCUACUUUGAAGACCCACCAAAGGACACGUAGUGAAGAGAAGCCAUUUUCUUGCGGUGAUUGUGGCAGGAAAUUCAUCUACAAGGUGGAACUCAAUGAGCAUAUCAGAGUUCAUACAGGAGAGAAGCCCUUUUCAUGUCCCGAGUGUAAUAAAAGUUUCCGCCUAAAGAGAAGCCUAAAGGCCCAUCGAUUGCAGCACAGUGGACAGAAGCCUUUCCAAUGUCCAGAGUGUAAGAAGAGCUUCUUUUGGAGGCAUGCCAUGAAGGCCCACCAGCGUCUACAUAGUGAGAAGCCAUUCUGCUGUGAGGAGUGUGGCAAGAGGUUCACCGAACCCUCUAAGCUUGCCUGCCAUGCCAGAGUUCACAAUGGUCAGAGGGAAUUCCCCUGUGGGGAGUGCAAAAAGACCUUUUCUCGGCAGUCAGCCCUCACACAGCACCUCAAGAUCCACACCACAGAAAAGCCAUUCUCCUGUGCUGAGUGCAGCCGGAGCUUCCGCCGACGUGCACAUCUCACUGAGCACAUGAGGCUUCACACUGGAGAGAUGCCCUUCUGGUGUACUGAGUGUGACAAGGGCUUCCGACAAAAGAGAAGUUUGAAGGCCCAUCUAUCCCAUCACUUUGGGGAGAGGCCUUUUUCUUGUGAUGAGUGUGGACGGAGAUUCACAUACGUGGGGGCGCUCAAGACCCACAUUGCACUGCACACCAAGGAAAAGCCAUCUAGUCUCUAGUUCAAGCCAUACAGCAGUCACACAGUGAAUCUAUUUCUUUAUUUUUUUUCAGGACAGAGUCUCACUCUGUUUUCCAGGCUAAAGUGCAGUGGCAUCAUCAUAGCUCAAUUGCCUGGGAUCAAGCAAUCCUCCUGCCUCAGCCUUCCACAUAGUUGCAACUACAGGCACCCACUACAACACCUGGCUAAUUUUUCUAUUUUUCUUAAACAUGGGGUCUAGCUCUUUAUUGCUUUGGCUGGUCUUAAACUCCUGAGCUCAAGCAGUCUUUUCACCUUGGCCUUCCAAAGUGCUAGGAUUCGAGGCCUGAGCCACCAUGCCUGCCACACAGGGACCUUUUUUAGGUGGAGCCAGAAGCUCUGUUAGCUCAAAUUGAGUCAGGGUAAAGAAUUCUCAGAAUACUGGCUACAGACAUGCACAAAAGUUCCAGAUGAUCCAGGCAAAGAUAGUCAAAGAGGCGUUACCCUGUGGUAAUCUUCAUAGACAUGGCCUGCCAGACUUGGAAGAAAGAUUGUAUACUGAUCUGCUAGUCCAACAGAUUUUUCCAGUGCCAUCCAAGAGCAUAAUCCCUUCAUUAAAUUCAGAGAUCACAGCCUCAGUGAACAAAUGUUAGAGACAGGAAUGUUUACCCCACGUUCCUCAAUCAGCUUUUCCUGACCAGGUCUCCUUAUAAAUGUCUAUUGAAACCUAGAGUUUUCUCUCAUAGUGGAUUUUCAUUUUUUCUCCAAUGGUGAGAGGACACCUGUUCCUAGGCAGAAUUUCUGACUAUAGUUAAAAACUAAAUGUCGUCUUCCACCAUCUCAUUUGUUAAAAUCAUUACCCACAUAAAUGUUACUUCCUUCUGGGUUAAUUUAGAAAUCCACCACUGUGAGUAACAAGCAAUGUUAUUUAUCUAACCCCACUGCAUUUUCAAUGCUGUGUCAAUUCUUUUUUUUUUUUUGACAGUUCUUAAAGAAAUACUCUUGCCUUAAUAUUAGGAUCUCUGGGCACAGUGGCUCAUGCCUAAAUCCCAGCAUUUUGGGAGGCAGGAGGAUCACUUCGGGCCAGGACUUUGAGACCAGCCUGAGCAAGAGUGAAACCUUGUCUUAUAAAAAAAAAAAAUCAAUCAAUAAAAUGAAAAAUUAGCUGUGCGUGGUGGCUCAUGCGAGUAUCUCUCUCUUUUUUUUUUUUUUUUUUGCAAUUUUUGCCCAGUGCCAGGUUUGAACCCACAACCUCUGGUAUAUGCGGCCGGCGCCCUACUCCUUGAGCCACAGGUGCUGCCAAGAGUGUCUCUUCAGGAAGAUACCAAAGGAAAACAUAUUGUCUGUGGCAUCACUGAUUUUUUUCUCUGACCUGAUCUUUUUUUUUUUUUGAGACAGAGUCUCACUUCAUCGUCCUCAGUAGAAUGCCAUGGUGUCACAGCUCCCAGCAACCUCCAGCUUAGGUGAUUCUCUUGCCCCAGCCUCCCGAGUAGCUGGGGCUACAGGCGCCCGCCACAACAUCUGGCUAUCUUUUGUUGCAGUUUGGGCUAUCUUUUGUUGCCAGGGCCGGGUUCAAACCUGCCAUCCUCAGUAUAUGGGGCCGGUGCCCUGCCCACUGAGCCACAGGUGUUGCCCCUAAUCUAUUGUUAUAAAGUAAUUUUUCAGGCUAUUCUAGCAAAUCUUUUUUUUUUUUUGCAGUUUUUGGCCGGGGCUGGGCUUAAACCCGCCACCUCCGGAAUAUGGGGCCAGCAUCCUACUUCUUUGAGCCACAGGCGCUGCCCUAUUCUAGCAAAUCUUAAUCUGUCUUUCAGAUUGCCAGUCUUUAACACUACUCUGAGUGUUAAGAAAAUGUACACCUUUCCUUAAGAAAUUUCAAGGUCCUCAUCAAUUUUGUGUAACAGAAAAUGUGAUUCCCAAUUACCUGAAUCAGAGUCAGCUGGCAUUAAGCGCCUUACAAGGAUUAAUGUCUAUACAAAAAGGAAAAAAGUGCCACCUGUGGUUAGUACAGUGCUUGUGCUGAUUUGUAAGUUAUUGGUCCCCUGGUUCAAAGAAGAAAGCACUUUGGCUGUGCUGGAGCAGGUGUGGGUCAAACUUCAGCACUCACUGUCCUCUUCGCCAUGUACCUCAGGACAGUUCUGUUUUUGUCUGGCAUGCAUGUUAAAAAUGCAGACUCUUGGGACCUUCCACAGAUGAGCUGAGUAAAAAUCUUCCCAGGUGAUGAUGUGUAAAGUUUCAAAACAUUGGUUUCCACGAAUGUUGAGACUGGAGGAGGAAGAACUGUUUCUGUGAAUCCUUCUAGCCAUUCAGAGGUGAGAUUCAGGUUAGAAUUUGCCCUGUAGCCUUUUCCUCCUCCCUUGUAUAAUAAAGUCUCUGUGAUAAAUGUUGCUUAUAUUUAUGGAGUGUAUUAGUCUACAGGAGAGAAGGAAGGAUUUGUGAAAGAAUUUGGGAAGGAGUGCUCGCUUCCGCAGCACAUAUACUAAAAUUGGAAUGAUACAGAGAAGAUUAGCAUGGCCCCUGUGCAAGGAUGACACGCAAAUUCAUGAAGUGUUCCAUAUUUUUAAAGUUAUGAUUUAAUAAAAAAAAGAAAAAAAUUCUGGAAGGAGAAU